GUUAGUGUUAUUCCAACGGUCGCGUCAAACGUACGCGUCAACAUUGGCUGGUGCAGUGUUAUUUGUUGAUAUGAUAGAGUUCGAUUCAUAUUCGUAUAAACUUUAAGUGCAUUCCUUAAGUGCCUCGCAUUCAGUUAUUUCAAUUGAUUUGUUGUUUCUGAACUUAAGAAUGAUUAAGCGGCUAGUUUUAUUAAAUUAUUUUUAAAAACUGUUGUGGAUUAAUUUAAUAGCAACUACUCUAAGUUAAAUCAUGGGUGCGCCUGCGUGGGGCACGCGUGGUGGCGGUGACCGACCACGGCUACUUCGUAUGACGCCUCUUAGACACAGCUUUGCAGCACCCGCGACACCACCAACACAGACACCUCGCACACACGAUUAUGCGUCAGAUGCUGAUACGAAAAAAGAAGAUAGUUGGAAUGCCAACUUAUCUCAGAGAUGGCGAAAGUUACGACGGAGAUGUUCACGGCUGCGGCCUGGAUCAGGGAACCGUGAACCUAGUCCUGUACGUUGUUCGCCAUCCCCCCCUCGUCCGCCUCCACACUGUUCCCCCGCCCCCGCUGCAAAACUCUCAUUCAGACAUCGUGGCAAAGUGUACACGACAGCAUCUCUGCGAGUGACCAGCGGGGCGCCUGACAUCCUUCGGGCUCUCGGAAAACUUGGAGGUGGAUUGAGAAGACGAGCUCUAUCGGCACAUGACGUUCUUACACCGCCACAACAACAACCGUCUACAUUUUACGUACCUAGCCCGACGUCUGGUCGACAACCUUCCUCGCCAUCUCCAACUCGACAAAACUCAACGCUUCGUCGACGUUGUAGUUCUCCAAAUGUGUAUCGAACCAAAAAUGCAGCUCCUAGAGAGCGAGCACCGCUUAUUAAUCGAGAAGAUGAGAGCAGAGAUGUCGUUGACUAUUCAUAUGGUCUAGAACGUCGUAAGAAUAGUAGGGACGGCCGGAGUCGGCCCUACAGUGAGAACGUUAAUAUGGACAUUCCUAUAUACAAAAAUGGUUAUAAUAGAUUAGGAAGUGAUAGUGACAGACUAUGGGAGGAACCGUAUAGAUUGCCCAGGGUUCAAGUACGGCAGGAUCCUGUACAGCAAUUAAGAAAUGGAGUGUCGGAGCUUCGAGUGAGUUCUACGCCGCGAUCAACUCGCCCUCCCCCCGCGCCACCUGCUUCUGGUCAAAAACCGACAAAGCGACCUCCAGCCCCGGAACCGAGAGACACACACACUUUUGAGGUGCGUUUCACAAAGUCGGCUGGUGGCAAGGGUCUCGGUUUCAGCAUAGUGGGUGGCCGCGACUCUCCUCGGGGUGAUAUGGGAAUCUUCGUAAAAACAAUUUUUAAUAACGGACAAGCGGCCGAAUCCGGUUUACUUCGGGAAGGUGACGAAAUCGUAUCAGUAAACGGUAGGGGAACAGCGGGUCUAACCCACGGGGAGGCUAUAAGGUUGUUCAAGGACGUCCGCGCUGGGCCCGUGUUACUGCGAGUGUCAAGGAGGGCACCUGCACGCUGACUGCCCUGCGCCUGCUGUGGGGACCCACUUCAGGCGCCUAACUAUUCUACUAUAUGAAUGUUGUUAUUAUACGAAAUAAUUAUAUAUGAAUUUUUUUCUGUAAGAAUUCUUGAACUAUGCGACUAAGAAUGGGA